AUGAUUCCUUGCGCUAUUCCUACUAGUGAUGAUUGCGCCGCUACCCCCAUCCCGGGCCAGACAUUGCUGGUAGAGCGAGUCGAAUCCGAUGACCUCCAAGCCAUGGAAAAGGAUUCCAGGGCGGUGCUGUGGCGCGCCGAGACUUCCAUGUCGGAUGGAGACGAGGAUGCCACGGAAAGUAGUGAAGACGCAUCCGUGUUGGUGGUCCAAGCCAAUAGUCCCCAAGGAGAGGCCCUCCGACUUGGGAACGAUGAGCUCUCCAAGGAACCACUGGUACCCGUCAAAGAUCACGUUACCUACUCGGUCGCCAAGAAGGGCAAGGAUGACAUUACCGUACGAGUCGACGUCGAAAAGUACAUGUCCAGUCGAGAAAUGACUCCCUUACAGGAACGAUGGAAUGCUCUCACGAUGAUCCCUCAACCACUUCUCUGUGUCUGUUACUUGCUAUCUGGCAAUUGGGUCAGUGGAGCCAUCUUGGCAGAAGCUACCAAAGCCUAUCAGAAUUUGUCGCAAGAGGCUCUAACCGAGGCAUUUGAGAACGAUCCCGCUUGCUUUGAUUGGUCUCAUCUUCCCGUUGUGGGAUGGCUGUUUCGGCACAUGUAUGCCAUGCCUCCUCUUCCCUUGCUGUUCAUCACGGCGGGGUGUGUGUCGCAGUUGCCGUUUUCGUUUUUGUACCAUUGGAAAUAUGCGCAUGCACUCACACCCUCUCAGAGAACCGACCAUUGGAGCCGCCGCAUGGACCAAUCCAUGAUUCAUGUCUCGAGUGCCUUGUCGUGCUAUGGUACCUCGGGAUACUGGGAUUACUUUCUUGUCAAUUGCAUCUACAACGCCGACAGCAUUUAUCGGCAAUUCCAGCCUAAAGUUAUACCACGACGCAAUCAAGGACGGCUCGGCGUUGCCAUUGCCGCCUGGGCCAUUCCGGUGCUCCGACGAGGGGAAUGGGACAUGUUCAUGCAACUCGUGGUGACUCUGGGCAUUGGGUUCUUUUUGUUCCUACGAUACCCCAUUGGAGGAUGGUCUCAUGCGGCCUUUCAUUUGACCUUGAUUCCUCUGAUGGCGUUGCUGAUGAAGAUUGGCACCGACUUGCCUGCCUCACAAGGAACAAUCCAAGGAGCAGCGCAAUGCUUUGCCAUGGCAGACCUUCGUCAUGCAUACUCAACAUAG